CCAGGGGGGAGGGGCCAGGGGAGCUCCAGUCCGGUGCCAUCACGCCAGAGUCAGGUGGCACCAGGGCUCAAGGAGAACGCGGAGUCCCCACUGGCCCCCGGCAGAUGCGUCUCCAGAUGCAGCUCCUCCUGAGGGUCCUCCAGCUCCUGCUCCUGGGGGGAAGGGUGAGCGGCCUUGUCCCAGAGCCCCGCAUCGUGGGGGGCAUGGCGGCGCCUCCCCGGCAGUGGCCCUGGCAGGUCAGCCUCAGAGAGCGGGGCCGCCACACCUGUGGAGGCAGCCUCAUCAGCCACCAGUGGGUGCUGACCGCUGCCCACUGCGUCUCCGGAUCUGUGAGGCUGCGAGACCUGCGCAUCCAGCUGGGAGAGCCCACCCUGUACACCGAUCCCCGGGGCUCAGUCUCCACAGGCGUGGCCAGCAUCGUCCGGCACCCCUCCUUCAAUGGGGAUGCCCUCCAGGGCAGUGAUGUGGCCCUGCUGAAGCUGGCACACCCCGUGCCCUUCUCUUCCACCAUCAAACCCAUCUCCCUGGCCUUGCCCGGCUCCCGCUUCCCUGCGGGCACCCUCUGCUGGGUGACUGGCUGGGGUGACAUCAGGCAGAAUGUGGCCCUGCCCCAGCCCGGCAGGCUGCAACAGGUGGAGGUGCGCAUCAUCGACCUGCAGAACUGCCAGACGGCCUACCGCCCGGAGCCCAUCGCCAAGGACAUGCUGUGUGCUGGCCACUUCCAGGGCCAAAAGGGCUUCUGUGAGGGCGACUCUGGGGGCCCCCUGGUCUGCCAGCUCCGGGACAGGCAGUGGGUGCAGGCAGCAGUGGUGAGCUUCAGCAGAGGCUGUGCCGAGCCCGGCCUCCCGGGGGUGUACACCAAGGUCUCUGCCUACCAGCCCUGGAUCCGGCGCCACGUGCCUCUGCUGCGGUACUGCCAGAGGGGCUAUCCCCCAGAUAACGAGGCCCCACUGAGGUCGGCCAGCGGCCCGAGGACACCCAGGGACGGCGCCGUCCCACCUCCCCAGGACUCGGGUCUGCUGUCCGGGCGGGGGCCUGGGGCCUGGGGCUGGGCCUCACCGGCUGCCGCUCUGCAUUGGAGGGCAGAACGCCCCUCCUCUGAGCUCUCCUGGUCUGAAGGGAUAAAUGGGGAGGGAGAGCGGGCUGGUGGGGAGCAGCAGGCACAGGCCAAGAUGCUGCAUCUGCUGGCACUGCCCCUCCUGGCCAGCCUGGCCCACACAUCCCCUGCCCCAGGCCGGGCCCUGGAGCGAGCAGGCAUUGUUGGGGGGCAGGAGGCCCCUGGGAGCAAGUGGCCCUGGCAGGUGAGCCUGAGGUUCAACGAGCAGUACUGGAUGCACUUCUGCGGGGGGUCCCUCAUCCACCCUCAGUGGGUGCUGACCGCGGCACACUGCGUGGGACCGGAGCCCAUGGACCCAGCCAUGCUCAGGGUGCAGUUACGGGAGCAGCACCUCUAUUACCGCGACAAGCUGCUGCCUGUCAGCAGGGUCAUCCCCCACCCCGACUACUACAACGUCCAGGGCGGGGCAGACAUUGCCCUGCUGGAGCUCCAGGACCCCGUGAACAUCUCCGGCCGCGUGCAAGUGGUCACCCUGCCCCCUGCCUCGGAGACCUUCCCCCCCAAGACACCGUGCUGGGUGACAGGCUGGGGUGACGUGGGCACGGAAGUACACCUGCCCCCGCCAUACCCGCUGAGGCAGGUAAAGGUCCCCAUCGUGGAAAACAGCAUCUGUGACGCACAGUACCACACCGGCCUGUCCACGGGGGACAAUGUCCAGAUUGUCCAAGACGACAUGCUGUGUGCCGGGACCAAAGAGAGAGACUCCUGCCAGGGCGACUCGGGAGGGCCCCUGGCCUGCAAGGUGAAUGGCACGUGGCUGCAGGCGGGCGUGGUCAGCUGGGGUGACGGCUGUGCUAAGCCCGACCGGCCGGGUAUCUACACCCGCGUCACCCACUACCUGGACUGGAUCCGCCAGUACGUCCCCGAGGAGCCCUGAGCCCAGUCCCCGGGCCACCACCCGGGUGGGAGGAGAGCGCACCCUCCUGUCCCCACACUGCAG